GAGUGAAGGAGCUGCUGCCUACGUGGAGUAGGUGCCACCGUGCACCGCACAACACACAACAUUCUAAGUACGGCAGCUGUUACUUUCGUUUUAUUUUUGACGAAUUGGAGCCCGCGCCUCUCACCUCUCACCUUCACAGAUCCCACAGCCCAGCAAACCAGUGAAACCACCACACCCAGCAAACCCCAAAAAGUCCACCUUGGUCUGACGGUUACCGUUAAACCUACUGUUUAGCUCCCCGCUGAGCUCUGAGAAGACCCAGGAAAGCUUUCUUCCCACUCCCAGCCUUCUCUUUUGGAACUUUUUCGAUACUCAGAGAGAAGAGAUCAGGUUGCGAAAGCACGAACUGAGCAUUUGCCAUGGAAGACCACGCUGUUUGUGAUAUCAAUGUUGUGCCAUCUAACGAGUCUGGCGUGCAGGAGUUAGAGAGUUCCAUGAAAGUUUUAACAAAGGUGGACUUGGACUUGGCAUAUUCUUCUGAGAAGUUAGCAAAUCUCCAUGUACCUCUGAUGUACCUUUUGGCUCAGCAAAAUGAUCUUGAGGCAAUGGCCACCGCGAAUAACUAUAUUCUGGCAGACUUCAUUGAAAAAGUAUUGGUAUUCAAUCUCCUGUCUAGCAUUUUAGAUUCUGAGGUAAGAGAGCUGGACAGUUACAUGGAUAAUCUCCGGGUGGAAAUUGUUGAUGCGCAUCCAAAAAUAUCUUCGUGCAGACACUUGGGAGAACUGUACUCUAUAAUGAAAGGAAAACUAAAUGAUUCUGAAGAAUCACUAAAGCAAUCUCGACAGCAGAUUUCAGAGGUCAAGAUGCAGUCAGAAAGGUUUCAGAGAACCGUUCUAGCUUUCGCGCAUGAAAAUUGGAAAACUGACAUUGCCAUGGAUUUAUCCGAGAAUGCACAACUGUCGAAUAAAAAUGCAAUGUCAAAUUUAAGGAUGCCUAGACAACAAAGACAUAAUCUAUGGAUGCUGGAGAAGUCUCUUACAAGGGAGCUAUAUCUUGAGAAGAAAUUAGCUGAGUCAAGACAAAAUGAAGAAGAACUUAAAGUGAAGCUACAUCAUACUGAACAGGUAUCAUUUCGCAUGGAAGAAGCUGCGGAAGUUGUUUGGGGAAGAUUUUUAGAGGCAGAGAAUGCUGCUGAGGUUCUCCAGGGAAUUUCGAAGGAGUUAUUAGGUAGACUGCAGCUUGUUCAUUUUAAUCUGAACGGUUCAAUUCAACGAGAAAGUGAGUUAAAAUCCAAACUUCAAGCUGGUCUGGAAGAGCUUAGAUCGAAAGAUACUGCUUUGCAGAAGCUCCACAAUAUCCUUGCCGAGAACAUUAAGAAAGAUGUUGAACUGUCUGCUUUGAGAGAAAAGGUGACGCUCCUUGAGAAACAGCUGAAAGAAUCACAGCUCCAGUUGAAGAAUGCAAAUGCCACGAAUGAAUCAAGUGAAGAGAAACUAGGGGAAAUGGAAAGUUUAGUUGCCUCUUUGAAAGGAAACAUCUAUGUAGCAGAAGUUAAGGCUGAGAAUGCAGAACUUAAGGUUGCAGAAUUAACAGGAACAAAUAUGGAACUCACCGAAGAGAUGAGUUUUCUCAAAGGAAGUGCUACUGGCACAGAAAAAAAGGUUGGAAGUCUCGAGAAGCAGCUGAGGGAAGUAGAGAUACAAUUACAGCAUGCCAAAGCAUCCUCCGAAGCAAGUCAAGAACAGCAGAAUAUGUUAUAUGCUGCAAUUUGGGAUAUGGAAACUUUAAUUGAAGAUCUGAAAUCAAAGGUUUCCAAAGCAGAGAUUAAGAUAGAAAGUACCGAGGAGCAAUGUAUAAUGUUAUCUGAAACUAAUGCAGAACUAAAUGCUGAAAUAACUGUUCUAAGGGAUAGAGUGGAAUACUUGGAAUCGUCUUUGGAUCAAGCUAACAAUGCAAAACUUGCAAGUGCAGAAGAACUCAAGUCCAGGAUCAAGCUCAUUAUGGAUAUGGCAAUGCAACUGGCCGUAGAAAGGGAGCGCAUCCAAAAUCAGAUGCAUGCCUUAACAAUGAACAAAAAACUUCUGGUGGAGAAGAUAUGGAACACCAAAAAAGAUGCAACCGAGUGCAACAAUAAACACAUUGACAACAACGAGCUUCCGUCUUUCCAGUGUAAUCCUCCAAGUGCUACUUCUAUAAAAACAUCCGUGGAAGAUGUGACAUAUUCUUUAGAUAAAAGUUUCCAGGUAGAUGAAGCGUCAGCAGAGGCACCUGACUGUGAUAAUGAUGCGGGGGCUUCCAGUUCUGUACAUAGUCCCACUGGCUCGGAUACAGAACUUGACACUGUCGAAGUGGUAGAGGCCAAACGCCUGAGCCUCAAGCAUGUUUUCAUGGUAAUUGUUCUCAUAUCAGCCAUAUAUUUGCUUAACCAGGAAUCUUUCCUCGUUGACGAAUUGUGACGAAUAAGCUUUCUCACGCCUCUAACAUCACGAUAAACCUUUCAUACCGGCGACACAUUGUUCCAUGAUAUUUUCUUCUGGAGCACUUUACUUCUCUACACUGAGCGUGGUGUCUUGUUACUAGGAUUUCUAGGUUCUGCAGAAUAAAACGUUGUUUAAGCAGGACGUAUUGUAUUGUUCGAAAAUUCGUUUACUGUACAUAUAGGUUGUCUGUAUGAUCUAUCGGCUUUUCGAUGGAAUUUGGAAAUGUGCAGUGUUUUCCACAGGGUGAUUCAAAUUCGAA